AUGUUUGACGACUAUGAAUCGGAUUAUGUAAACCCAUUAAAGAGGUCUCGAAGCGAAGAAAUGGCAAGAGAUGAUCAGCAAGUGCGGCCUUUAGCUCGAUUUGUGGCAGAACUUGUUGAUAUUUAUUACGUCAAGAGCUCUAGGAUACAGUCUGAAGAAGAGCGGAAAAAUGGUCUAAGAAUCUAUGAUUUGGAAUAUUUGGUACCAUCAAUCUCUGAACGAGUGGGUUCUAUGACGCAUCAUUUUCAGCUUAUCGAUGAGAGAUGUGUUCCAGUCUCAUUUGCUCGUUCUAAUGUACCUCUAGAUCCUCCUAAACGUCCACAUAUAGCUACAAUAUUAGCUGUUUUAGUACAAGCAUUUGUCUUAGAAAGUACAGGAGCCUAUAUUUCACUAUCUACUUUUGAUAACUGGUUUGGAUCUGCAACUCAUAUUGAAGGUCCUUCUAUUUCAAGGUAUUGGUUAGAUGCUAGAGAACAUGUUGCUAAGUGCUUCGCAACAAAAAGUGGAAUUAUUCCCUUUGGUCAGGAAGUCAUAUGGAACCAAUUUAAUAAAAUUUGUGGUAUAAGUUCAUUAAGGGAUAGAAUCAUUUGGAUAAUACAAAAGAGUGUCAGUAGCAAACAUGAAUGGACUCACUAUCAUAAUGUAAUAAAUUCAAUAAUGAAGAGUAGUGAAGAGAAUAAUAAUAAUAAUAAUAAUAAGGAAGUUUUUUCGACUUCUGCUUUAAACGAAAGUUUUUUAUGGCCUUUAUGGAGUGAGACUUUUCUUUCUAUAGAUGCUUCUAAAAAUUCCUCUGUAGAGUCUAAACUUAUUACUGCAGAAUCUUUAUUUCGGCGAAGUGUUGAGAAUUGUAUUAGUAUUGUUUCAGUUUUAAUAGAGACAAUCAAUGGUGAUAUUCCUGGAAGGAUUUCAGAAAAUCAUUUUCUUGAUUAUCAUAUUCUUUGCAGUGGGACCUUUAGCGAGUUUGCAGCUAUUUGUCUAUUUUUGGCGUUGAAAAAAUCUCUCAAUCUAUAUUUUUUGGGUGAACCAACAACUAGAUUGACCGUGGAAUUAUCUGCAGAGGUAAUGUCUAAAUUAUUUGAUCAGCUUAUUCGGUAUUACACUUUUUUAUCGCCUUCUUCUCGUCACUAUCACCUAUUGGAUAUGUGUCAGUCAUUAUGGCGAGGUUCUAGUAGUGCACACCAAGGACAACUUGAUUCUCAACCCUUUACAGCCCGUCGUCGAAAACGGUCUCCUUUAGUAUACCGAGAAGAUGUCUUCUCGAAGCCAAAUUCAUCGGUAUUAUUUUCGUUUAAAGGGAGUUCAAGAAGAUUUUCACCGUCUUUUUCUUCUUGUCAGCUAAAUAGCAUCUUUUCUGAGGAAAAAAUGGGAAAACUGAUAACCUCUUUACGAGCUCAACAAGAGAAACGAGAUAUUACUUUUAAAAGGUCUAUCAAUAUGAGAAAAGCUAGCUUUAACGAUGAUAAUGAUAAUGGUGGUGAUAUCAGAAUCCCUUCUUCUUUGGAACGCCCGAAAGAAUCUUUUGCUUUGAAUUGUAUUUCUUACUCAUGGACUGUGUUUGAACUACCUGAUGAUGAUGAUGAGGAUACUCUCUUGGUUGAAGAUUUUUUGAGAACUAAAGCGGAUUCAGUGGUAAAAAAGAAUGUUGAUAAAGCAAUCGCAGAGUCGGGAGAAAGUAAUGCACAUUAUUAUUAG